GGGCUACUUUGGAACUCCGGCGAUGAUCUUCAAACGCCCCAGCAAGGACGGCCCACAGGAAGCGACGAGUCUACCAGCUUUUUGCUGGUUUCACUUCAGAACCAGUGUGAUUGACAUCUUCAUCCUCCGGGGCUUGAAGGGCAUGGUGCUUUCAGCUUCAUUUGUGAUGAGCAGGUACAGCUUCCCUGCAACCACAAACACUUCGGUUCUUGGAGUCCUAUUCAUGGUGAUGCUCAUAUACCUCAUUAUGAACGUCACAUCCUGGCUCGUCUUUUCUGUGAUCUUUGGCAGGCUCUUGUACAAUGAAACUACCCCAACCAGCAGUGCUUACCACUCCACGACAGUCACGCGGUGGUUCACAUCUAUCAUGCUCCAAAAACAUAUUUUCACUUCGCCCUUUCGUACGGUGGGAAGCUGCUGGCAUGCAAAUCACUUCCGGCUGCGAGGUGCUCGGAUUGGGAAGCGCUUCUUCUGCGUGCAUGACAUUGCCCUGAUUGAUGCACCUUUCAUCUCAAUCGGAGAUGAUGUGAUCGUAGACUAUGAUGCAGACAUCAGGUGCCACUCUUUCGAGGACCGUCAGUUGAAGUUUUCUCCGGUCAAGAUUGGCAACGGAGCAAGGAUCAUGGCAGCAGCCAAGGUUGCCAGGAGUGACGUCGGUGAGGGAGCCGUGCUACGACCAUCAAGUGUCACUUGGAAGGGCAGCAACCUUGAAGCGAACAGAGUCUAUCAGGGCGCACCUGCAGUGGAAGUGUGUGCAUUCAAACCAUAGCCCUGGGCGCAGGUGCCAGGAGCUUUGACAUCCCGACACUUCAAUCGUUUGACGUGGAACGUUUGAAGUGGAAUUGUGAGCGGCACAGCGGGUGGCGUAUAGGAGUGUGCAUUUCUUUUUUUGGAACUUUGCAUUUUGUACACCCAAUAGAUGGGUUCAGGUGCUUGGUUCAAUCAUGUAGACAGACUUUAGUCUGGAACCUGUAUAGUGCAGAAAAGUUCGUGAGCUCUCUGGCUGACAAGCGCUGGACUCACGAGUUUUCACGUCCCGACACUUUAACCGUUUGAAGCGGAACGUUUAAAGCGGCAAUUGUGCACGGUUGCGCGGGUUGCGUAUAGGAGUGCACAUCUUUUUUUGGAACUUUGCACUUUGUACACCCGAUAGAUGGGUUCAGGUGCUUGGUUUUUAAUUGGACACACUUUAGCCUGGAACCUGUAUAGUGCAGAAAAGUUCUUGAGCUCUCUGGCUGACAAACGCUGGACUCAGGAGUUUACGUCCCGACACUUUAACCGUUCGAAGGCAACUUUUAAAGCGGAAUGUC